AUGUUGAUUUCCAUUUUUUCUUCUUGCAGAAGUAUGAAUCACCAUUUUGUGGAAAUUGGAAUGAGUUUUGCAUUGCUCGCCAUUAUUGUAACCCACUUAACGACCGCAGCGCCCUCGCCGUACGUCGAGUCGGACAUGGCGCACUCACUAAACAAAUACAAACAGCAGUUGAUGAACGCACUACGAAAGCGGAGCGACGACGACGAGGCGACUAAUCAAGUGUUGACCGCGAGCGCCCGGCACUUUAUCAGCUCUGCCUUUCACAAAAAGAGAUCGGGGCUAUCUGCACAGAAGAAGAGGGACUUGGAUCUAGCCGGCAGGGACGACGAUGCCAGCAAACGUAGAGGGGCCUGGUACUAUGAUUAUGGACUCGGAGGGGGCCGAUUUGGAAAGCGAAAAGAUUACGGCUAUACAGAUGACUAUGGUAUUGGUGGAGGUCGUUUCGGACGAGAUGUCGACCAUGUGGAUCUUUUGGACGCCUAA